GGCACGGCCCCGCGCCGCUCGCCGUGCAGGUUUUCUUUCCGGGCCGGCGAAGUCGCGUACGGAGCGCCGGGGGCUUCCGGGGUGCGGCGGGAGGCGGGUGCGGGGCCGCUCUCCCCCCAUCUUCCCCCGCGGGGAUGGACGAGGACGGGCUGCCCAUUGUGGGCUCCGGCAUCGACCUCACCAAGGUUCCGGCUAUUCAGCAGAAGAGAACUGUAGCAUUUCUAAACCAGUUUGUAGUUCACACCGUGCAGUUUCUCAACCGCUUUUCUACGGUUUGUGAAGAGAAAUUGUCAGCGCUCUCCCUCCGUAUCCAACAAAUUGAAACAACACUCAAUAUUUUGGAUGCAAAGUUAUCCUCUAUCCCUGGCCUAGAAGAUGUCAAAUUUGAAGUGUCCAGUGCAAAUAUGAAUAGUGUUACAAAUGGUCCUGUGGCACAAGCUACUACGGAUCAGCAGACGGCUGUGUCACCUCAAACUGGACAGAACAACAUACCUGAAGAAGGGCUACAGAAAACGGAGGUAGUAACAGAAAAUGUCAGAACUGUGGCCAAGGAUCCGAGAUAUGCCAGAUACCUCAAAAUGGUACAAGUGGGUGUUCCUGUAAUGGCAAUACGAAACAAAAUGAUUUCUGAAGGGCUAAAUCCAGAUCUUCUUGAGACCCCAGAUGCCCCUGUGCCUGCCUGGGGAGAUGAUGGGAAUGCAGAAGACAGUUCUGAUAGUGAAUCUUCAUUUAGUGACUAAAAAGACUGAUUUUGGCCUUUGGAAACCUCUGUUAAGUGCUGAUGUGUUUGGAGCGUGAGCAGGUUUUGCGUGGGUCACAUGGGUGACGUGAUCUAUCUGACAGCAUUUUUAGAACUAAGAUACUCCACAUUCUCUCCCAGAAGGUUUGAACAGGCAGCGUCUUUCAACCUGAACCUUUCCACCACGAAAAUUAGUCGGGAGAUCCUUGCAAUAUUUAUGCUGCAUCAUUGCAGAUUCUUUUCUAAUUCUUCUGAAAUUAGACUUUUCAGAAGUCCUAAUUUUGUAAAACUCUAAAAAUUCCACACCUCUACACCUCCAGGUCUCUAAGACUGCAUCUGGUUGUUGUUGGCUUUUCUCUAUAACGCUUUUAACCUAAGUUGCCUUCCUUCUGUCCCAUAACAUACAGGUAAAGUAACUUUUCUAAAUGAAAAUAUUUAAUUGUAAUCUGAUGAUGUGUAUUUUUUUCUGAUACACUAUAUUCUGAAGUGACGCAACAAGAAUUACACAGAAGUCAGCUAUCUCAUGGUGAUUGCCAAUUAGUGACGCUCUGUUUUGAAAGAAACUAAAAUACAAGUGAAAAAUACAUUGAAAACCAAUCUGAAUCUGUUUUCAAAGCAUAUACCACUAUUCAAUUUCAUGUUAGAGUCAGUACAAAGUUGUUCAAUUCCUGCUGUGUGGAAAAGUUGAUUUAUCAAAUACAGGUGACAGUGGUGUAGAAAGCAACAAAUUUUGCAAGAUUGGUUUGAAAAUGGCACUGUGAAAGAAGUAAGUGACUGGAGGAUUAUUAAUGGCAUACCAGAUUCUUGCUGCUUGUUUGCUGUCACAUGGGUCAGUAGAAACCACUUUCUGACUGCGGUUGGGCUUAUUCGAAAGGAGCUGUGGCUGAGCAGUUUGCAUAGGGUAAGAAAUCACCUCCAAGUUGGUGCCUUUGCUGAUAAUUUUGGCAAAGAAGACAAAAUUUAGUUUGUAUAAUGAUAAAACUACCCUGCUACCUCUUGAGGUAUGCAUUGGGGAACAAUACAAAGAAAUCCACUUGGAGCCUGACUGGCUCUGAAGACUUCCUUCCGAAGUACUUAAUCUACUCCAUGAGUCAAAAAUGACACUUCAUUUCAAAAAUGACAUUUCUUCUUUAAUGUAAUUUGUUCCACAUGAAAUUUUGCACAGUCUAUUUGAAUUCCCCAGAUUAUUGUGAUUAUCCCAGAAUGCUGUGGGCCAGGGAAUCACUCGCUUUCUGGUAUUUCACAUUCUUCCUAAGACCAAGAAAAGACUAAAAUGGAAGCUCUAAGUGUACAAAGUUGUUAGCUUUCAUGACUAAGUCAUUAUCUUCUCUCAUAGCUAUUUAUGCCCCUUAAAUAGGUUAGCUGCUUUUUUUUUUUUUCCCGGCAACUUAAGCAUGGCACCUCCUUCAGUCUGGCAGACAUAUUUAAGCUCUUCAUAACCUGUAAAUCAGGAUAAUGCCUGAAUCCCUACGAGAGCACAUAUGCACUAGAGAAUGUCUAGAAGAUGACAUUUCAGUGAUGUGUUAAUUAUUAUUGAACACUUAAACAAAAAUAUUCAGUAGUUAACACUUGGUAAGACUUGACAAAUAUUAACGUAUCAGCAGUAUUUCAAAAGUAAAUAAUGUUUCAGAAAGCAUAGAUUAAAACACUGGUGACUUUUGGAAAUCUGUAUUUGAAACCUCAUUGAAGCAAUCUGUAUAAUUAAAGCUAUGUUUUGUAAACGAAAGAUGUGGUUCUAUUUAAUUCCCAUAUGUUGUUUUAAACAAGGUAAUGAAAAUUCUUCUGAAGUCGCUGCAAUUCAUAUUUCUCCAAAACUAGUUACGCUGAAGUUGCAUCAAUUUGCUAGCUGAAGAGGAGAGUUUUGAAAAUAGGGGAUUGGAUUAACCUAAGCCAUGUUAGCGCUCUGACUAGAGGAGGACUGAACAUCCCAUCGCUGCUAUUCUAACAAGAAAAUUUGCGGAAGACUGGGGUUAUGAGGACUGUAUGUUUGAUACUUGUGAACUGAUGUUAACCUGUGUAAGGGAGUAGCAUGAUUCAAGGAGUUGACUUGAGACUUACUAGUUGAUUAUUUUUUUAAAGAAAUAAAAAAGGUAACCAAAACACA